AUGCCUUCUUACACCUCCAAGACUCUCCUUUCCGCCCUCGCGGGUGCGGUGUCCGUUGCCGCCCACGGCCAUGUCAAGAACAUCGUCGUCAACGGCGUCUCGUACGAGGGCUUCGACCCUACCAGCUUCCCCUACAACCCGAACCCGCCAACGGUUGUUGGCUGGACCGCCGGCAACUCGGACAACGGUUUUGUCGCCCCCGAUGCCUUCGCCAACGGCGACAUCAUCUGCCACAAGUCCGCUACCAACGCUGGUGGCCACGCCGUUGUUGCCGCCGGCGACUCCAUCUUCAUCCAGUGGGACACCUGGCCCGAGUCCCACCACGGUCCCGUCAUCGACUACCUCGCCAGCUGCGGUGACGCCGGCUGCGAGACCGUCGACAAGACCAGCCUCGAGUUCUUCAAGGUCGCCGAGGCCGGCCUGAUUGACGGCACCAACGCCCCCGGCUUCUGGGCUUCUGACCAGCUGAUUGCCAACAACAACUCCUGGAUGGUCCAGAUCCCGGCCGGCAUCGCCCCCGGCAACUACGUCCUCCGCCACGAGAUCAUCGCCCUGCACAGCGGCGGCCAGGCCAACGGCGCCCAGAACUACCCGCAGUGCUUCAACCUGCAGUCCUCCUCGGCCAUCACCGGCUCCGCCACCGCCGAGACGGGCUCCGCCACCGCUCCCCCCGCCGGCGACGCUACUCCCCCGCCUGCUGCCACCACCACCGCCGCCGGCUCCGACUCCGGUGCCACCGACGCCCCCUCUACUCCCGAGCCCACCCCCUCCACCACCACCUCGGCCGGCGGCAACGCCCCGAGCCCCACCCGCUGCCCUGGCCUGGCCAAGAGGCGCCGCCACGCCCGCGAUGUCCGCGCCAAGAAGAACUAA